GUGUUGGUUUCUAGUAGCAACGCCUGCCAAACAGAAGAGAAGAAAGAUGGUCCUGAUCACAGAAGACAUGGUACGACGUCGGGCAGAGCAUAACAACUGCGAGAUCCUUUCCUUAGAGGAGGUGUCUUUGCAUCAACAAGAUAUUGAGAAACUAGAACACAUUGAUAAGUGGUGCAGGGACCUCAAAAUUCUGUAUCUUCAAAACAAUCUCAUUCCCAGAAUAGAAAAUGUAUAUAGAUUGAAAAAGUUGGAGUAUCUAAACCUUGCUUUGAACAACGUUGAACUGAUCGAAAACCUGGAAGGAUGUGAGAGUCUCCAGAAGCUGGACCUGACAGUGAAUUUUGUGGGCCGGUUGAGCAGUGUGGAGUCAUUGAAGAACAACCUCCAUCUCCGAGAGCUUUUCCUGGUGGGGAACCCCUGCACUGAGUUUGAGGGCUACAGGCAAUACGUUGUGGCUUCACUGCCCCAACUGAAGUAUCUGGAUGGGAAAGAGAUUGGCAGGUCGGAAAGGAUCCGAGCCAGACAAGGCCUAGAUGAGGUAAGGAGGCGGAUUCGGCAGCAGGAGCAGGAUUACCUGCAGAAGAGAGCGAGUGAGAAAGAGGAGGCCCAGAGAGAGGGAGGAGAGGUGCAGCGGGAGCCAAAAAGGGAAAGCCGCUCCUCUGUUAAAGCGAAGAAUCCUGGCUUUGAUGGUCGCUGGUACACUGACAUCAACAACACCAUCCCUGUGCAUGAAGAAAACAAGGAGAUCCAAGUGAGAGAGGAGAAAGAGAAGACAAGCUGCCUUUCUUCAGAAGACCAGGAGAGGGAGUUUUGGGAGAAACCUUGUGCCUAUACUCCAGAGUCACGCCUGGAGGCUCACCGCCACCUUGACGAGAAGAAAAAGGCAAAAGAAAGGAAGGCUGUGAAGACGCCCAAGGCCCCGAGGACUCUGAUCACACCCCAUGGACGGGUGAUGAAUGUCAAUGAACCCAAGCUGGAUUUCAAUCUCACAGAAGAUGGGGACAAUAACACCAUUGUCUUGGAUCUGGAAGUCUACAGGCAUAUGGACACUUCCCUGAUGGAAGUUGAUGUUCAACCAACGUACGCCCGAGUGACUGUCAAAGGAAAGAUUUUUCAGCUGGUGCUGCCUGCAGAAGUGAGGCCUGACAGCUCGACAGCGAAGAGGUCCCAAAUCACCGGCCACCUGGUCCUCACAAUGCCAAAGGCUCAGGGUGAAAUCAAAAUGGCAACCCCUCAUCCUCCCAAAGUUUCUCAAAGCAGCAACACACCUGAAGAGAAGACAAGGAAAGGUAACAACCGGCAGAGGUUGGAGGUGGAUCCCAGUAAACACUCAGGGGUCGACUUGGCCAACAUUGUCCCACGAGAGAACAGGGCUGGAGAGCAGACCAUCUUUUAUGAUCACUUUGUGGACGACCCAGACGUUCCCCCUUUGAUGUGAGAGUGAAAAUCUAAAAUCGGUCUGACAAAUUUGUGAACACACAAAUCUUCAUAUCAUCUGACAUCAAUGUAAAAAAUAUUUCAUACAGUAAAUGUAAGAUUUGUCUAUCCAGCAGAUCUUUUUGAAUGUUGUGCAAGUGAGAGAUGCUCAUAGAUGUCAGUACAGUAUAUCAUUGUGUAUUGUUAUGACGGUCGUACAAGAAACCCUCCUGAACGUGUGUUUAGUUACUCUGUACUCUGGUUUUUAUUUGAACUGAGUUAUAUCCUUCCUGUUUACAUUGGUGAUGUUCCCCACAUAAAAAAAUAAUAUAGUUUAGUACACACUGUAGUAUCUCUCGAUUUAUUUGUAGUAUUUACUAUAGAAUAGUGUAGUAUACUGUAGAAUACUUUAUUAAAUACUACAGUAUUAUCUGCAUACAAAAAAACACUAUAGUAAAUACUACAUUAUUUAGUUUGUAUAUACCCUGCCCAUUCCCGUCCCCCAUAUCGCAAUUUGUGCCACCCAUGAGUAAGAAACCUACACACCAAGUAUUGUGUUCCAGACAGGUUGUAGAAAUGAGCAGAAGUGCUGUUCAGAGUCCAGUCUUACUUACAGGUUACAUGUUAUCAAAAACGUGUUUUUAUAAUUUCUCCAGUAGGUUUUCUAAAGGAGAAAGCCUCUACUUCUACUUUAUGUUAAAGAUAAAACAAAAACACUACAGUAAAUACUACAGUAUACUACAAUCUGCAAAAACAUGACAUUAAUUACUAUAGUAUAUACUACAGUUUUCUUUUACUACAGUAUUUAUACUAUAGUUAACUGGAAAUACUAUAGAAAACUACAGUAAAGUCAGCAAAAACACUAUAGUAAAUACUAUAUUAUUUAUACCAUAGUAGUACACAGUGCAUUCGGGAAAGUAUUCAGACCCCUUCACUUUUUACAUUUAAAAAACAAACAAAAAAAAACAUUUUUAAGCCUUAUUCUAAAAACUCAUCAAUCUGCACACAAUACCCCAUAAAAAAUAAAAACAGAAAUACCUUAUUUACAUAAGUAUUCAAGCCCUUUGCUAUGAGACUCGAAAUUGAGAUCAGGUGCAUCUUGUAUCCGUUGAUCAUCCUUGUUUCUACAACUUGAUUUGAGUCCACCUGUGGUAAAUUAAAUUGAUUGGACUCUAUUUGGGAAAGGCACACGCCUGUCUAUAUAAAGGUCCCACCGUUGACAGUUUAUGUCAGAGCAAAAACCAAGCCAUGAGGUCAAAGGAAUUGUCCGUAGAGCUCCAAGAUAGGAUUGUGUCAAGGCACAGAUCUGGAGAAGGGUACCAAAAAAAUUCUGCAGCAUUGAAGGUCCCCAAGAACACAGUAACCUCCAUCAUUCUUUAAUGGAAGAAGAUUGGAACCACCAAGACUCUUCAUAGAGCUGGCCGCCUGGCCAAAACUGAGCAAUCGAGGGAUAAGGGCCUUGGUCAGGGAGGUGACCAAGAACCCGAUGGUCAUUCUGACAGAGUUUCAGGAUUUCUCUGUGGAAAUGGGAGAAUCUUCCAGAAGGACAACCAUCUCCGCAGCACUCCACAAAUCAGGCCUUUUUGGUAGUGGUUAGACGGACGCAACUAAAAUGCACAUGACAGCCUGCUUAGAGUUAGCCAAAAGGCACCUAAAUGACUAUCAGACCAUGAGAAACAAGCUUCUCUGGUUUUGACGAAAUCAAGAUUGAAUUCCAAGCAUCAUGUCUGGAGGAAACCUGGAACCAUCCCUACCGGGAAGCAUGGUGGUGGCAGCAUCAUGCUGUGAGGAUGUUUUUCAGCGGCAGGGAAUGGGAGACUAGUCAGGAUCGAGUGAAAGAUGAAUGGAGCAAAGUACAGAGAGAUCUUUGAUGAAAACCUGCUCCAUAGUAUUCAGGACCUUGGACUGGGGUGAAUUUUCACCUUCCAGCAGUACAACAACCCUAAGCACACAGCCAAGACAAUGCAGGAGUGGCUUUGGGACAAGUCUCUGAAUGUCCUUGAGGUGCCCAGCCAGAGCCCAGACUUCAACCUGAUUGAUCAUCUCUGGAGACACCUGGAAAUAGCUGUGCAUUAACGCUCUCCAUCCAACCUGGCAGAGCUUGAGAGGAUCUGCAGAGAAGAAUGGGAGAAACUCCCCAAAUACAGGUGUGCCAAGCUUAUAGUGUCACACCUUUGGCAGCUGUAAUCGCUGCCAAAGGUGCUUCUACAAAGUACUGAGUAAAAAUGUAUAGAAAAUUGUUUUUGCUUUGUUAUAAUGGGGUAUUGUGUGUAGAUUGAUGAGGGGGUGAACAAUUUAAUCAAUUUUAGAAUAAGGCUGUAACGUAACAAAAUGUGGAACAAGUCAAGUGGUCAGAAUACUUUUCCGAGUGCACUGCACUAUAGUAUUGUUUCAUGUGAUCCAUCCCUCAGUUGCCUACCAAAGCACAUUUUUCUUCACAGUGAAUGCUGUCCAAACUAAAUAAAGAUUUUCAGGGGAUUUAUUUUGUUCCUCUGUAACCCCAAUAAAGUCCCUCUUUUCUUUUA